AUGCAGGGAAGCAGCGAAGAAGCUUUCCGAACAACCACCUGUGAACGAAAGAGCCAAGAAGAAGCGAACCGUGACAACCGCCAUUUCGGUACUCAAGAUCAUACGAACGCCUGGUUCUGGGUCUGGCCGUCUGCUGCCGACUCGACGCCGCGCAGCGUGACUGGGCCUUGGCGUGGUUUAGUGUAUCUCUCGCUCGACUACAUUCACCUCGCCUUGUCAUCCCCUGGACGCUCGCGUGACGCCGACCCUGAUCCUGACUUCGCAACGGGCUCUCAGUGGUUUCUCAGCUGCUCUAGAGCUGCACCUGUGUUCCAAAUCGCAGCAUCGCCCGGGGCCCUGCAGAUAUGGCAAUCCAACAUUCAUUCACGUGCUUACGAAAUUUUUGUCCUGUUCUGCUGUUCGACGGUGCACCUUUAUAAGGACCCGCCCAACGCCAGUCCCGCGCCAAGGCCUCCGCCGGCGAGACCUCGAUGCCGCUGCGCUCUGGGGAAGCCUGUCGAGGCGCUGGGAGCUGCAACAGCGCGCCCUGGCCGCCGCCAUUGGGCCAUCGGCCAAGGGACCGCAAUACAGACUGACGCCAGGCUGAUCCGAUCCCCGAAAAGCAAAGGACUUCAAGAUCUGUACGAUGCUGCCGGCGCGACCCCACGUCGUCGUGGGAAGCUCCAGCUCGCCUAG